AUGCCAUCACUGUCACCAAAGCCUAAGCCAAACACUAAGCACUCUCUACUAAAGCUACCAAAGUUACUCAAAGAUGAUAAUAACAAACAAAAGAAAGGAUCACAGUUUGCCAAGUUCAUUGCGGAGACCCAAGAGAUGUUUGUAAAACCGAAGCUUUCCCGCGACGUGAUCCCAAGCAAUGUACAUAAUUCUCUUGGUCAUCGUAUAACUUUAAAGUGUACCAUAUUUAGGAAAGGAGAUGUGUAG